CGCAUUAAAGCAGGCAUCCUCAAAGCCUUUAACAACCCCACGGAGAAGACAGCUGACGAGGAGACCAAACAACAAGUGAAGGCUUAUGGGAAGGAAGGAGUGAAAAUGAAUUUUGUCGAUCGGAUUUUUGUCGGAGAGCUGACCAGCACCAUAAUGUGUGAAGAGUGUGAACAUAUUUCCACAGUGAAGGAAGCCUUCAUUGACAUUUCCCUUCCCAUCAUAGAGGAAAGGAUCUCUAAGCCUACAAACCCUGGUAGACUGGGGAAAAGUGGGCGGGAGCAAGACGGUCCGGCCUCCCAUGAUGACUCGUCAGCUACCAAUUCACAAGCCAAUAGAAACAGCAGGAGGUUGAGUGGACAGGUAGGUGGAGCCAAUAUUAGAAGAGAGGCAUUGAUAGUUCUUAUACACUAACGUUCAAAAUUUGUGGUCUGAAAUAUUAAGAUUUCUUAAUGUUUUUG